AAAAAAAGGAAAAAUGUAGUCUUGGUGUCAAAGAUAACGUGGAUGUGACACAUUGUAUGAUUCUUAUAAGUGAUAGAAAAGUAAGCUACUAAACAUCAAGGGUUUUAGUAUCGACAAUAAUAUUUGCUGUGGGGGGUACUGCCUAGUGCCUGUUUCAUUUGGAUCGGUCAUCAAAAAUUCUGUUCUAUUCAGAUUCAAUCUGAGAAGGUGUUGCAUCGAUCCAGGCGAUCAUUCCAUUUUUGUAUAAGUUGCUUGACAUCAUUUCUUCUAUUAGACGCCCGGUUAAUAUACCCGUCAUACUUCGAACUUUACUUGCCGGAUCGUGAUAGAGCAAUUUAACCAGGCGGACGAGUUCUUCUGGCUAUAGGUUUUGUCGAAGAGCAUACCAGGUGGGUUCGUGUGGCACACGGGCAGACGAUUUCUCCAGAUACAGAAAUACAAUGUAAAGAGGGCGAUGCUUCUCACGGUAUUUCUCCAUGAGUAACCGGCAGCGUGUGUUACGUCAAUUGUUCCGCAAUUCUUGACAAAUCCGGCUUGGGUCACGGUUAUUUGAACGAUUUCGCGAAACAUUUAUCAAGAAUGUGAAUACCAUCUUCAUGGUAUGGUACAGCUUCUGGAUGGGACAGAGCUCAGAUGGGAUGUAGUUAGACCCUGUUGUUUUCGCCAAUUUCAUUCAUUUUAUUGCUUCCUCGACUUCAGUAGCGCUGAGAGAUGGAAUUGCUCCAAACGUCGGCAAUGAUUGUGGAAGUGAAGGAUAAACAAUGUUUUCCGUUGAAAUCUGCUCGAAAUAUUUUCGCCGUCGGUUGGUAAGAAAAGUACCGUGUGCUUGUCAUUAACGUAUCAGAAAUGUUCGAUAUCCUGUGUGCGUUCGUGUCGACUUUUACCAAGUCGGUACAGAUCUCAGUCACCAUCCCGAGUGUCCAGUUUGUCGUAUAUAUCCUUGUAAUGAACCCCUCUGAUGACUGCGAUCGUUUUCUUUGCUUCCCGUUUGGCAUUCUUGUAAAUUUGAUAAUUGUCCAGCGUUUUAUUGUCGAAAAACUAUUAGAGGCGUUUCUUUUCACGAACUUUCAUUUCAACAUCGCCCUCAAGAAGCCAAGUAUCUCGGUUGAUGAACCGCUUACCUGGCCUGGUGCACCCAAGGGUUGCACAGGAUUGUGGAUCGGCUCUUUAACUUAGUUCGACAUUCGUAACGGUUGGUGAUCGCGUAAGUGUGAUCAAUUUUUCUUCCUUUUGGCGAAAUCGCCACCAUUAAAAGUGCGGCGGGCCAGUGCAUUGCUCUCGCUGUUUUAUGGGUGGCUUGAUUUGCAAGACAGCACUCAACAGCCGAUAUUGACGCUUUAUAUAGUUGACUUGCGUUUUACUGUUUCCGCUCCCAAUGUUGCAAAGUCAGACAAUGGUUUGAUGAACCACGGUCAUGGUGUCCGCAAAAUCGACUAUACGCUCGCCACCGUCAUUGCGCGUUCCAAACCCUUUUCCCCCAAGGCAUCUAUUCCCGUCUGCCUUUUCACCCACAUUACCAUUAAGGCCGCCUGCAAUGAUGAUAUAGCCAUCAGCAAGCACCUCACAGGCCUUUCAAUCGAGGAGGUACCAGAAGGCAUCUUUCUCGGCAUCAGGUCGACAUGUCUGUGGAGCAUAUGCGGUAAAGAAGUAAAUAGUACGAUCAGCUGAUAUACUGGUGAGCUUCAUCAGCCAGUCAUCAAAUCGUUCAACUUCUUUAAUGGCAUAACGGGAACGCCAUGAGAUGUCAAUGCCAACACCGUGUUGAGUAUGUGGACUACCAAAAUAGAGGCGGUUAUUGCUAUUUUUACCGCAUUCGCGUUCUAUGUCGCAGUUUUGGCACCAGACCAUCGAAUUUCUUGUAGAGCGCAGAAAACGAAGCGCCUAUUCCGAAGAGCUCUUGCGAGCUUCUCGGUGUUUCCAUGCAGAGUGCAAUAUUUACCGUGUCGACACGUAUUUGAUUUUCUCGGACUAAUUUACUUACGUCUCUUUCUCUCCUUAAAUGGCUUUGCAAAGAAAAACACCUGCAAAUGAGGAAAAUUAAUGUACAUAUGUAUUUGCAUAUGACACAUUUUUUAGGUCAUAUACAAAUAAAUUUAAAUAUUUACGUUUUGUACCGAAUAUUUAAGAUCCCUUCUAAUUAUUAAAAAAUUAAAUGAUUCAACAACUUGUUUGUCUAUUUAACUUUUAAAUUUGGACGGAAACGACGUACUGGAUAUAAUGAAUAUAACGACCAAAUUUUCCGACUCCGUCACUAUAUCCGGUUUUGAUUGUAAUUGCUUUUUUAUUAUGCAAUCAUUUAUUUCAUAGAUUAUUAUUGUUUCCUUACCGGUGUGAUUUAAUAGUUCCACACUCCCUCAGUUUACACCAUGAAUUAUUUACAAUAUGCCAGCAUUUAUAUAAAUGCUUGUAGCGAAAAAAGCAAACUAGUAAUAGGUGACUUUCGAGAUUGUGUCGAGGGGUCGAAAUUACAGCGAUGGAAAGUUUAGAGCAAUAUGAUAAGAUUUGCCAGUGGCUUUAUGCAGUUGCUAAAGUAGUGGGCAUUGAUUUCUUCAGAAAUAAUGUGUGGAAUUGCAGAAUUAUAAUUUGCAUAAGCGCGAUUGUAUUGGCGAGUAUAAGCGUAUUGUACACAAUAUAUAUUGUCCGUCAUGAUUUCACGUUGCUUUUAAAAUGUAUUGGAGCUUCUAUGAUAGCAAUCACAGGAGUAGCAAAGCUUUACUCUACAGUUAAAACUCAAAAACGUCAAGAAAGCCUUCUUAUUUUUGUCCGGAAAUUGUAUAUCGUAAACAUUGAAGGAAGUGCAAGAAGGAAAACCAUUAUGCAAACAUCUACCGAAAAAUAUUUUACCACAAUGAAGCGGGCUACCGCUUUAUUCGUAUUCAUUAUUCUCAUCGUUGCAGUUUACCCAGCAUAUUCGUUUUUCUAUCUGAAUAAAGUUGAAUUAUUUUUUGAAAUACAGUUUAUAGGACAUCCAAUGAGUCAGGCAUCUGCAAAGAUCUAUAUUGUGAAUUAUAUAAGCCAAUUUGUGGACAUCUUCCUUGGAUAUAUCGGCAAUAUUUUACAUGAUGUGAUAUUUUGUACAUUUGUAUUUUAUGUUUAUACGUUAAUUGAGCUCCAGAAGGCAGCAUUUGAUGAGACGCAAGAAUUCAUUGGCAUUGAUAGGUAUGCCUUUGAAAAAAUUCUCAAAAACUGUAUGAUUAUGACUCAAGACACAAAUAAUUAUAUUUCGGAGAUUAACAGUUUAUAUUCAUUCGUUGUGUUCGUUCAGAUCGCGGCUUCUUCUGUAGCAAUGGCACUGCACCUUUUUUGCUCUGUGACGACCGACUGGUUAGGAGCAUAUGGAUUCGUAUUAUUCAACUUUAUUCAAAUAUUCGUCUAUUGUCUUAUCGGAACAUUUCUCGAGAUUAUGAGUGACGAGGUGGUAAACACUAUUUAUCAAUUUCCAUGGUACUCAACUACAAAGGAAAAUAGAAAGUUGCUAUGUUUUACGCUGAUGAAAGCUCAGAAAAUGACGAAGCUUAAAAUCGUUGGAGUGGCUGAUUUGAAUGUUAACACUGCUGCAAUAGUAGGUUUUCACUUGAUUUACAGGACAAUUUAUUCAUAUUUGAUGAUGCUUCUCAGUUUCGCUGAAUGAAGAAUCUUGCUCAGUUAUCCUCAUAAAGUCAAAGGAAGAUGCCAUAGUUCAACAUUCUUUGUUAUUGUUUUAUUCAUGUGUAAAACACAUUUAUAGAAUGAAUAAAGGCUUUUAUUUUAGGGUCAUAUUUUAAAACUUUAA